GGCAACAUUAUAUCGGGAGAUGUGCAAGGCGACGCGACCGAGUAAAGCAAAAAUCGGAGGUUGCCUGUCACUACUGCAGUAUGGGCACGGUUUCGCUUUCCAUUUUUACGUCCUCGAGUGGACCACCCAUAUACAUUCCCACUCAUAACGAGGUGGAACCAUCCGGCAAGUCAAGCUCGAUUACCUACCUCUCUUGAAGAUAUACGACUUCUAUUAGACCAACAGUCAGAAGCAAAUUUUCAAUGGACACCAUACGAGGAUCCGAAAAUUCGGGCAGUAAUUCCGAAUGAGUUCUUACAAAAUCCAAACGCUUGGUACACGAAAGUCGCGUUGAUCAGCUACGCGACCGUGGAGAUGCACCAGUCAGACAGAGUGUUACGGCAAUUUGGAUGUAGACAAUCGAUUCCCGUGGAACCUGAGGUGUUUGAUGAUGAACACAAAAUCGACCUACGACAAUUCAAUACGGAUUGGCCGAGAUACUGGUCCGGGUACAUCCAAAUGUGGGAAGAUCGGUAUGAUUAUAUACCUACUCAGGAACCGAUCAUCGUUCCGGAGUUAGCGUGCAUGCCGAAAUACAUGCCAUGGUUUAAGAUCCAUGGAAAGCCGUAUUUACUGUCGGCAGAGGAGAGGCAGCGGCAAUUACCUGUCCAAAGAGAAAGACGCGGGCCUUUAAAUCUAAGACGAAAGGACAAUGACGCUGGCCCAUCAACAGGGCCUAAACAUUCACCCGACCUAUCAUCAGCGGCCAUUCAAUCACCAAGCCCAACGAGAGCACCGACACAGUCACCCGACCCAGUAGUUCAACCGACGAUACCCAUGGCACAGCCUUUUCAGAUGAUGCCAGGUGCGUUUCCUAGCCCUUUUAUGUAUCUUAACCCUUAUAUGUUUCCUUUUCCGAGUCCUAUGGCAGGUUGGAGCCAAUGGCACGGUUCACUCCAUUUUCUGUUAUGCCGAGAGGACCGCCGUUGUAUAGGCCAGCGGGGCACGAGGGAUCGCAAGAGGGGCCGUCGGGGAGCUCUUCUUUUUACCAAUCCCCACCACCGUAUGUGUUUCAAACACCGCUGCCAUUGGUGAUGCAAACACCUCCACAUUCACUAUUCAUCAAUGUGGCUCAUCGUCCCAACUCUGACAA